GUUCCAGACGAUAUUUUUUUUUUUGGUCUUGGUCUCCUCCUGCUGUUGUCCUCAACAGCAUAUGCAAAAGCCUGCAGCAACGCCUCCGUCCACAUUUUCAUAAUCAGCGACUAGUUGCAUCCUGCUCUUCAGAUGCUGGGAGACAAGGCUCACGGUGUGACUUUGAAGGUUAUGGAAUACACGUAUGAUGACGAUCUGGAAGAGUUGUGUCCUGUGUGUGGCGACAAGGUGUCCGGGUAUCACUACGGGCUGCUCACCUGUGAAAGCUGCAAGGGCUUCUUCAAAAGGACAGUGCAGAACAACAAGCGGUACACUUGUGCUGAAAACCAGGAGUGUAAAAUUGACAAGACUCAGAGGAAAAGAUGUCCUUUCUGCCGCUUUCAAAAAUGUCUCAGCGUCGGGAUGAGACUAGAAGCGGUGCGUGCGGACCGCAUGCGUGGGGGGAGGAAUAAAUUCGGGCCCAUGUACAAGAGGGACAGGGCCUUGAAGCAGCAAAAGAAGGCUUUGAUACGAUCCAACGGCUUCAAAUUGGAGAGCGCAGCCCCUCCGUCCGUCUCUCCUCUCCACGCUGACUACGGCUUCAGCGGCCCCCUGACCGGCGUGCCCGUCAUCCCCAAAAGCAUCCUCCCCUCCAUCACCCCCACAGACUAUGAGGCAAACCUGUAUGCGCCCCCGUCCCUGGGUAUGCAGUCCCACGCCCCCCUUAGCGGCCAGUACCAGUACACCAGCUACCCCGGCAGGGUCAUCAAAGCAGAGUGCCCCGACUACACCAGCUCGCCCGAAUCUCUAACUGGAUACGCCUACCCAGAAAUGUACCCCUCGGCCUCACCGCAGGCCCCCAGCCUGCCGCCGCUCGUGCUGGAAAUGCUGCGCUGCGAUCCGGACGAGCUGCUGGUCCAGAACAAGAUCGUCACUCAUCUGCAGCAGGAGCAGAGCAGCCGGGGCCGGCUGGAGAAACCCAGCGCCUUCAGCCUCAUGUGUCGCAUGGCAGACCAGACCCUCUUUUCCAUAGUGGAGUGGGCUCGCAGCUGCAUCUUCUUUAAGGAGCUCAGGGUGGGAGAUCAAAUGAAGCUGCUGCACAACUGCUGGUCUGAACUUUUGGUCCUGGAUCACAUUUUCAGACAAGUGCAACAUGGAAAGGGAGACAGUAUCCUGCUGGUGACUGGCCAGGAGAUCGAGCUGUCUUCUGUUCUGUCUCAAGGUGAAGCAACUUUGUCAAGUUUGGUCCAAAGAGGACAGGACCUUGCUGUCAGGUUGAGGGUCCUGCAGGUGGACCGCAGGGAGAUUGCCUGUCUGAAAUUCCUGCUCCUAUUCAACCCCAAUGUGAAGCUGUUGGAGAACCAGGCAUUUGUGGAGGGUGUCCAGGAGCAGGUGAACGGAGCUCUGCUGGAGUACACCCUGACCACCUACCCUCAGUUCCAGGAGAAGUUCAGCCAACUGGUGGUGCGACUACCUGAGCUACGCUCCCUCAGCACGCAGGCUGAGGACUACUUGUGCUACAUGCAUCUUAGUGGAGAGGUGCCCUGCAACAACCUGCUGAUUGAGAUGCUCCAUGCCAAGCGAGCAUGUGUGUGAGGGAUGCAGCAGGACAUGUUUCACCAUGUUGUGUGUCUUGUUGAGACUGUGUGCGAUCAGGAAGUCAGUAAUGAAUGUGGACUUCAUGCUGGCUCAUCUUUGUGAGCAUUUUUAUAGCUGGAGAGGUUCUUGUGAGUAUGAUAGAGCCCCAUCUGUGUUUCAGAUUGUUUUAAGCAUUUAAUGUAAAUGUUUGUAUAUUUAUGUCACCUCUUUAAAUUGGAUUAUAAAAACAUUAAAUGACAUCAUCAAAUUUAGUGGGAAUGAACUAUAUCCUUUCCCCCAAACUCCAAUGGACUAAACAUUGCCAACACAAUGUGUCUACCUGCUUCCAACUCAGCAAUGACAACCACAGAUAAAAAUGUGUAAUGACAAUGACAAAGUUGUCAGAUUUUGAAAGCACUAUUCUAUUAAAGCUCAAUUGUAAAAUGUGCUUAGGAAGCUGGUGCUCUACUGUCAGAUAGAAUGGCACCAUUAGCCUGGAACCAUCUUAUGAAUGAUGGCCCGGUGAUUAACUGCACUUUUUAUGACAAAUUUUAUAACAUCUUUUAAGAAAUUGAAUGUUGGAGUAGUCAUUUUUCUUUUAUUAUCAAAAUAUUGCAGAUGAGUGAUUCUGCUGUUUUUAGAUGAUGAUGAUAUUGAUAACAUUCAAGGACAUUGAGGACAGUGAGGACAUUCUCGGUAGAAUGUGCAGUUUAAUUUUGUCAUAUUUUAUAGUCAAUAUAGUUUGAUUCUAAUCUAUUUAAAUAUUAAUAUAUUGAUAUCACAACAUAGAUCUGUUAAAGACAUACUCAUAAAAUUAAAUAAAAAGAAAAGUACGAUAAAGUCCAUCCAUUUUCUUUACCGCUUGUCCUCACUCGGGUCGCGGGCUGCUGGAGCCUAUCCCAGCUAUCUUCGGGCACGAGGCGGGGUACACCCUGAACCGGUCGCCAGCCAAUCGCAGGUCACAUAGAAACAAACAACCAUUCACACUCACAUUCACACCUACGGGCAAUUUAGAGUCUUCAAUAAACCUACCACGCAUGUUUUUGGGAUGUGGGAGGAAACCGGAGUGACCGGAGAAAACCCACUCAGGCACGGGGAGAACAUGCAAACUCCCCAUAGGCGGGGCCGGGUCCCCAGAACUGUGAGGCAGAUGUGCUAACCAGUCGCUAGGAUAAAGUCAGUAUCCAAAUUAAAAACAGGAGUCAUGGUAGAGAUGUCAAAUUUAUUUUUCUUUUGCUCAGCUCUUAGCAGGUAUUCAACUUGGCCAAAAGACAACAUGGGAAGGGAAAAGAAGCAGGUUACAAAAUUUCAAUAUUUGAUUUAGGUUUCAAAGUUUUGUGUACUUAUCUACAGUGUGCCGAAAGAAAAAUAAACAGUUUUUGAGCCUAUAAUUUUUUAGGAAUAGUGAAUUGUGACUCAUUUUGGAAACAUACCACGCGAUUGUAGUAGUUGCCACGAUCGUCGUAGUUGCCACACUAUAAGUCAGCAAUGUGACAAUACUAAAUUUCAUAUUUUCUGUCAGCCAUCAAGGCUGUUUUCAUCAAUAAAGGUCAGAAAUUCCUUAUUCGGUUAACAGCUCAUUAUUAAUAUUAAAUUUUUCAUUGAGGAAGUCUUACUACUGUAGUACAAAAUGGUUGGCUGCUAUGGGUUUUAAUACAAAUGCUAACUUUGUCUGUUUCUAUCAGCAUACCUGUGAUGCAUUGGUAUUUACACAGAACCAGUGUAUCAUAAAAAUUGAAUAUUCACCUUUUUAAAAUAAUGUCAUAUAUGUACAUUAGCACUCAUGUUAGUUGGUUGUUUGUUUUAGACAAUUCCAAUGUCCUGUUGCCUAGAUAUUUAUUGGAUUAUUAUAUGUUUGCUGCGAUAUUUUUCAAUUUAACAGCUUGCGUACUGAGCAGUUUCAAGUCAGUCUAUCAACACAUUGGAUCACAUUGGAAAUCCGAAUAAUGGGUCUAACAGAACAAUAUGUGUCUGUUCUUGGUAGUGAUAGUCCUCAAUGUGGUAUCUGUGGCACUUACUGUGUUGAAAGUAAGCUCGACUCAUUGACAUAUUGGUGACUUAUGCUAUGGCCACAUUCAGCGACAAUGACAAUGUAAACGACAUGAACUCUUGCCAAUUGUGAAACAAACACACAGAUGAACAAGUGUUUGUAACAUUACACAAAUCACUGUAGACAUUUGAAAUCUUUCCUUUAAAUAAUAGCUGUCCAAAAUGUCAAGAAUCAUAGACAAUCAUUAUGUCUGCCUUAAUGUGAAUGUCACACACAGACACACAAAGCACACACCCUUGAUGUCCCUGCUGAGGUAGGCGGUUGUUAACGUGGUAUACAUGGUGUAUAUUUAUGUUGUGAAGUGACAAAAUUAUGAUUCAUUUAAACUUUAAAGAAGUUCUCAGCUUUUCUUCUGCGUCAAUUUGCCACUGUUGUGAAACAGAUUCUCUCAAUAUUGCUUUUGUUUUUGUCCUUCAACUUUUUUUUUCAUUGUAGGUUGACAAUCUGUCCCAUUUUAAGGUGUUUUUCUUCCAAAAAGAGACAGCGACUGACCAAAGCAUUUUGUUCUGUUUCAAUUUUAUUGUAAUAGUAUCACACCAAUAAAAGUCAA